AUGACUGCAACCAGCUCUAGGACCGCUUGGAGAGUCCAUAUUAUCACUUACACCCUAGCGCUUGUUGAUUUUGCUGCCGUGCUGGAUUCGACCUCUUUAUCGGUUGCUCUGCCGAUCAUCACUAGAGCUCUCAAUGGAACAUCGAUUGAGGCCUUCUGGGUAGGAACGUCUUUCUACCUCUCCUCGACUGUAUGCCAGCCGAUAAUCUCCCUCAUUUCCGACAUAUGCGGCCGCAGAUUCGCCAUUCUUUCCUCCCUGGUCAUCUUAAUAACAGGAUCCAUUCUCGGGGCGGUCUCGCACAACUUCACGGUCUUACUAUUGGGGCGAUGCCUCCAAGGAUGCGGUGCAGGGGGUGUUUCCGUAAUGGCUGAUGUGAUUCUGACGGAUAUCAUUCCCCUUCGCGAUAGAGGGAAAUGGUACGGGUUGAUGAGUGUCCUAUCCACCAUCGGCUAUAUUACAGGCCCAUUGAUUGGAGGGGCACUUGCACAGCAUGCCAGCUGGCGAUGGAUCUUUUGGAUUACCCUCCCAUUUGCGGGUGUCGGCCUCAUCCUCCUGACUCUCUUUUUGCAGCUUGAAGCGGAGUCUAUUUCGUUACGAUGUCGGCUUUCUAACAUUGACUAUGCUGGCAUCGUGCUUUUUAUGUCAUCAUUAACUUCGUUUCUUAUACCUCUCGCGUGGGGAGGAGUCAUCUACCCUUGGACCUCAUGGCACACCCUGGUCCCGUUGAUAUUUGGAGCAGCGGGUUUAAUUGCGUUCAUGACCUACGAGCAUCAUGUCGCUCGCAAUCCGUUCAUCCCGCCACUGAUUUACUCGAAUGUCUCCUCCGCUAUUAAUUACCUCGGUGUAUUCCUUCUUGGACUCAUCAUGUGGACCUUACUAUACUACCUACCAUUAUAUUACGAAGCCGUCAAAGGAUACAGCACUACCGUCGCAGGUCUCGCUAUCUUCCCACAGACUCUAACAAUCGGACCAGUGGGUAUUGGUGUUUCCAUUGCUAUCGCCAAAUUGGGCCGCUACCGCUGGGCAUUAUGGACAGGCUGGGUUGUAUGCACCAUCGGGCUCGGCCUCCUUUACCCCCUGGGUGUGGAAACUAGAAUCGCACAGUGGAUCUUCCUCAACGUGCCGGUGGGUCUUGGCAUCGCGUUUCUGCUGCCCUCCAUUAUGCUGGGGAUGCAGGCCUCUGCACCACCGGAGCUUAUACCCAUGUCUGUUACAUUGUUUGGCACGUUCCGCAGUCUUGGUCGUGGUGUGGGAGUUACUCUUGGCGGGGUUAUUUUUCAGAAUCGCAUGAAGGUUUAUGUACGACAGAUUCCGCAUCUGGCGGAUAAGGCUGCGGAGUACUCACGAGAUGCGUCUGCUUUGGUGCGGGUGAUUGAGAUGGUGGCGGUUCAGGACGAUAGGGUGAAUUUACGGACAGCAUAUGCAAAGUCGUUGGGGGAUGUUUGGGUUGCGCUGGGCUCUGCUUCAGCGGUGGGGCUUAUCACCAGCUUGUUUGUGAAGGGGCACACAAUGAAUAAGGGGAUUGAAACACGGCAGCCGCUGAAGGGGGCUCGCUCUGAUGACUCUACUGAGGGCCAAGUCAAGAUGAAGAAUAUGAUCUCACAGAACGAAAAACCAGAGUCAAGAUCUUGA